AUGAUCACCUUAUUCCUCAUCAUAACUGCGGCUAUUGCACAAGAAAUACCGACACCGGCGAGUCUUCUUGCACCAAGAAACUUCAACUACCAUCCAUAUCAAGUGCAGUUUUUGAAAGAAACAAAAGUGGAACCGACCAAGAAAGGACCAGUUCUGUUCCCAAACGACUCACCACCAGCACCCCGACGGCCUCUUGUGGUGACAUCCCGACCUCUCAUCGAAUCAAUCAUCAGAAGCGACCUAAAUCCCAACCCACCCAACAAUUCCAUAGCUCAAUCUUCCCAGAUUAAUAAUAUUUUCAAACCCUAUCUGAAUUCUAAUCAAAAUUUCGGACAAGAUCUUUAUGAUAAGGAUAUACCAGAUACCUUUAAUAAUGUUGAAUAUCAAGCAACUUCCUACAACAGCGUCCCUUAUGCCGAUACGAUUAAAAAUAGGGGAUAUAAUGGAUUCAUCAGGGAUAAUGGUUACAAUAAUUAUGAGGAACGAACAGUAUUACCGCCAAUAUACAAAGCAUUAUCGGAUAACGCUCAACAUAACCUAUUGAAUUUACAUAAACAGAAACUUUACAACAAUUACCAGCCGAAAAAUCUGGAUUACGAUAACCGUUACGAAAACAACGACGUAUCCAAUGAAAACCACAAUCCUGAAUACGGUAGCAACGAGAAUCAAAAUUACGCUUUCUCUUACGCCGUAAGAGAUCACAAAACGGGUGAUGAUUUCUCACAUUCGCAACAGAGCAGCGGUUCAGCUACAAACGGAGAAUACAGAGUUCGACUACCGGACGGUAGAACACAGAUCGUUUCGUACACAGCCGAUGAAAACGGCUACAAUGCUAAUGUUAGAUAUGACGAAGACAAAGUUAACAAAGACUUUUACAACAUAAAUAACUAUAAUCCAAAUCCUAAUGUAUACAACAAACCAAACACAAAUGUAAAUAUUAAUCAAAACAGACAGACAAUACCAGUCAAAGAAGAUUUAGAACAAUACAAUUCUAAAGAAUAUUACGACUAUACAGCCGAUUAUAAUAAUAACUACCAACCUUAUAAAUCUAAAUUUAAUUUCAAUCCAAUUUCAACGACCGUAUCAAUUCCAGUUAGACCCGCUUACGAUGACAUUAAAGAUCUAUUCACAAGAGCACCGAGUCCUACUCCAUUAUAUAUUGACGAUGUUUCAGCAGGUAGUAACAAAGAGGUUAAAUAUGAUUCGACAACUGAAAACGUUGUACUGAUUGGUGGAAGAAAUGUUUAUAAUAAUUUGAAACCUAAUUAUGUUGUGACGAGUCCUCGUCCUAUCAGUUUUGUUGCGUCAACUCCAGCUUCGUACUUAGCGUCGACUAUAGCUAGCUUAAGAGAUCGUAUCGCCGCAAAACCAGUUCUUUCGGAAAGUUUUAUUAAUAGGAUCAAUAAAUAUUUGACUUUCUGA